AUGGACUCGAACACCGACAACCUCCUCAUCUGUACUGCAUGCGGAACACAAUUCGACAUCGAGGACCGCAAUAUCUUGAAGCGAUGUCGGAUCUGUGACGACCCGCGGCAAUUUGUACCUCCUACUGGUCAAGCGUUCACCACUCUCUCUGAACUCAAAAAGGCUGGCCAUGUGAACAAACGCAAACCCCUCGACGGAGACGAUCGAUUCUGGUCCAUAUGGACGGAACCAAAAUUUGCUAUUGGGCAGCGAGCAAUACUGAUAAAAACUCCUCAUGGGAAUGUACUGUGGGAUUGCAUUACGUAUUUGGAUAUGGAGACGAUUGAGUGGAUUAAUAGUCUUGGAGGCCUGGCGGCGAUUGUGAUAAGUCAUCCGCAUUAUUAUAGCACGCAUCUUGACUGGGCGGAGACCUUUGAUUGCCCUGUUUAUCUGAGUUGGGAGGAUAAGGCGUGGUUGAAUCGGAUGGAUCCGCUUGGGAAGGCGAGGACGUUUAUUGAGGGUACGGAAGAGGAGAUUGAAGUGCGGGGUGAGAAGACUGGUGUGAAGGCGCUGAAGUUGGGUGGGCACUUCCCAGGCAGUUUGUGCGUUUUGGCGGAUGGGAGGUUGCUAGUUGCUGAUACGUUGGUUACAAUACCAGCCGGGUUAGGAGAUUGGAGUUUGGGGCCUGCUGGGAGUGAGGAUGCAAGACCCGAGGGGAUGAAUACUUAUAGUUUUAUGUGGAGUAUUCCGAAUAUGGUCCCGCUUUCUGUGGAGGAGAUUGGGGGGAUGUGGGAAGUGUUGAAGAAUUAUGAGUUUUCGAGUACGCACGGGGCGUUCGUGGGAACUGAGGUGCGAGAUGGAGGUGGUGGCUCGAAGAAAACAGUGAAGCAGAGAGUGCUUGAGAGCAUGCAAAUCCAGGUGAAACGGAUGGGAUGGACGGAGCAUGGGUUUCUGAAAGAAACAUGA